GAUUAGAAACGAAGCUCCGAAAACGCAACGUGUUUUUAUAAUUUUAGAAACUUAAAAAGAUCAAAAUGAAGCUAAACAUUGAUGGGCUAACAGUGUACUUUCCAUAUGAGUACAUCUACCCAGAACAAUAUCUCUAUAUGCUUGAACUUAAAAAAGCCAUUGAUGCCCAGGGUCAUUGUGUUCUUGAAAUGCCAAGUGGUACCGGCAAAACGAUAUCUCUGCUGUCACUGAUUGUCGCUUAUCUUAAAGCCUACCCUACACAGUUAACAAAAUUGAUCUACUGUUCUAGGACUGUGCCCGAGCUGCAGAAGGUGAUGGAGGAGCUGGAGCACUUGUUUGACUACUGGCAGGAGGUGACGGGGCAGCCACUUGGUUUGCUCGGCAUAUCUCUCAGUUCUAGAAAAAAUCUCUGCAUACAUCCUGCCGUGAGCCAGGAGAGAGAUGGCAAGGUGGUCGAUGGCAGGUGCCAUGGUCUGACCGCCUCGUUCGUCAGGGAACAGCACAAAUCCAACCCUUCUAUUCCUGUCUGCAAUUUUUUUGAGCAAUAUGAUGCACAAGGAAAAGAUGUGAUUAUUCCGGCAGGAGUUUACAAUUUGGAGGCUCUAAAGGCCUAUGGCUUGGACAGGGGAUGGUGCCCUUACUUUCUUGCCAGACACUCGAUAACACAUGCCAACAUAAUAGUUUACAGCUACUAUUACCUCCUAGAUCCUAAAAUUGCUGAUCUGGUCUCUAAAGAGCUUGGAAAAAGUUCUGUGGUAGUUUUCGAUGAAGCACACAAUAUAGAUAAUGUUUGCAUAGAAUCAAUGAGUUUACAUAUAUCAAGAAAGACAUUGGAUAAAUGCUCUCUCAAUUUAGACAGCCUAAAGGAGAAUAUACAACGGAUAAAAGAUGAAGAUGCCAGCAAGCUUCAGAAGGAGUACAACAGGUUGGUUGAAGGAUUGAAGGAGGCUAACAUAGCCAGGGAAACUGAUGUCAUCAUGGCUAAUCCAAUUCUUCCAGAUGAAGUUCUACAAGAGUCAGUGCCAGGCAACAUAAGAAACUGUGAACAUUUCAUCAUCUUCAUGAAGAGAUUCGUUGAGUAUUUGAAGUCUCGUUCUCACAUUCAACACUUCAUACAGGAGAGUCCAGCAUCUUUUCUAAAGGAUUGCUUGCAGAAAGUUUGCAUUGAGAGGAAACCACUGAGAUUUUGUUGCGAACGUCUGCGAUCCCUCUUGCGAACGCUGGAACUUUCCGACAUCCAGGAUUACUCUGCCCUCACACUUGUUGCUAAUUUUGCAACCAUGAUCAGUACUUACACCAAAGGGUUCACAUUGAUCAUCGAGCCCUACGAUGACCGCACGCCGACCAUCAGCAACCCGCUGAUGCAUUUCAGCUGCAUGAAUGCCUCCAUCGCCAUCAAGCCUGUCUUCGAUAGAUUUCAAACUGUCGUCAUCACUUCUGGGACUCUUUCUCCAGUCGAAAUGUAUCCUCGCAUACUCGAUUUCCAUCCUGUGACGAUGGCUUCAUUCACCAUGUCCCUUUCCAGACCGUGCAUUUGCCCGAUGGUCGUGACGAGAGGUAGUGAUCAGGUGUCGGUCAGUUCAAAAUUUGAAUCCAGAGAAGAUCCAGCUGUAAUACGAAACUACGGACUCUUAUUGGCGGAGAUGGCGUCGGUAGUGGCUGAUGGGAUCGUCUGUUUCUUCACUAGCUACGUCUACAUGGAAUCUAUCAUUGCUGCAUGGUAUGACCAAGGCUUGAUUGAUCAAGUUCAGAAGUAUAAGUUGUUGUUCAUUGAAACGACUGAUGCAGCUGAAACUUCACUGGCUCUGGCAAACUAUCAAAAAGCCUGUGAAAAUGGAAGAGGAGCUGUGUUAUUGUCUGUAGCCAGAGGGAAAGUUUCUGAAGGGAUUGAUUUUGACCACCAUUAUGGACGAGCUGUUAUUAUGUUUGGUGUACCCUAUGUUUAUACUCAAAGCAGAAUUCUAAAGGCAAGGCUUGAAUAUUUACGUGAACAAUUCCACAUUCGCGAAAAUGAUUUUUUAACAUUUGAUGCAAUGAGGCAUGCAGCUCAAUGUGUUGGCAGAGCACUCAGAGGCAAAACUGACUAUGGAGUGAUGGUUUUUGCUGAUAAGAGGUUUGCAAGAACGGAUAAGAAAAAUAAAUUACCAAAAUGGAUACAGGAGUAUCUUUCCGAUUCCGUGUGCAACCUGUCAACUGAUGAUGCUGUACAGUUAACAAAACGAUUUCUCAGGACCAUGGCUCAACCAUUUUCAAGGGAAGAUCAGCUGGGACAUUCACUAUUAACGCUUGAACAAUUGAUGUCCGAGGAUGUCCAACAGCAAUUGGAGAGAAAAGUUCAUCUGAUCGUGUGAUAGUCGGAAACGGUUCAUCCCAACGUUUGAAUAUAUUUUUGUAGCGACUGUGGCUUUGUGUAAAUUAUUUUUCAUCGAAAAAAAAAGUUAUUUAAUACUUGAUCGUUGUAUGGUUUUUUCGACGUUUUAAGCAAAUCACACCCGACGUCAAACCCCGUUGAGAUGGCGCUGACGUCAACCAUCCGAAUGAUUUUGCUUAGACCAAAUGAUGCCUCUAAUCGCUGGCUCCCUUACAAUCUCAGCCAUUAAUGCGACAAUGAGGCAUUCUUUCAAGUUAAACUUAACAUCUCUGUCAAGUGCCCGGGGACUUUCCAGAAGAUUCACGUGAGUAAGGAACCACUUCUUUGUAUCUUCCUUACGGGUUUGCCGAUCAUUUAUAAAUUUGUACACGCGAGAGCUUAUAUGACUUUGUUUAUGAAACUCAUUCUUAGGUGUAUUAGUUGAAUUUCAAUGUUGACAAAUGUACAAAGAACCAACUUGAAAUUAAA